AUGGAGGGAGGAAUGAAGGAGAAGGAGGGCAGGCCCAAGAUGGAGGGAGGAGGACUGAAGGAGAAGGAGGACAGGCCCAAGAUGGAGGGAGGAGGACUGAAGGAGAAGGAGGACAGGCCCAAGAUGGAGGGAGGAAUGAAGGAGAAGGAUGACAGGCCCAAGAUGGAGGGAGGAAUGAAGGAGAAGGAGGACAGGCCCAAGAUGGAGGGAGGAAUGAAGGAGAAGGAGGACAGGCCCAAGAUGGAGGGAGGAGGACUGAAGGAGAAGGAGGACAGGCCCAAGAUUGAGGGAGGAAUGAAGGAGAAGGAGGACAGGCCCAAGAUGGAGGGAGGAAUGAAGGAGAAGGAGGGCAGGCCUAAGAUGGAGGGAGGAAUGAAGGAGAAGGAGGGCAGGCCCAAGAUGGAGGGAGGAAUGAAGGAGAAGGAGGGCAGGCCCAAGAUGGAGGGAGGAAUGGAGGAGAAGGAGGGCAGGCCUAAGAUGGAGGGAGGAAUGAAGGAGAAGGUGUUAAUGGAGCAUCUCCGUCAACAGCAGGAAUAG